GGAUGACAUCACCUACAAUCUAGUAUAAAUCUUGGAUAACAAAGCACCUUGACUAAUUAAAUUCAUUACAUUCAUUUCCACAUUAAUUUUCUUGUAAAUAAACAUUGCAUUAUAUUUCUUCUAAACAAGAUUAAUUAAUCUUGGCGACUACUAUCUAGCAAGACAAGCAACGGCCAUGGGUAAGGCUGGAUCACGGGUUAGUUGCGGCAUCGGCUGUAUAAUCGUACUAGCCAUAGCCGGUGUAUUAAUCUGGCUUCUUGCUAAGCAUCGUUACCCGAGUUUCUACGUUGAUCAAUUUUCCGUUUUUUCCCGCCAAGAAACUACAAACUCCCUCAAGAAUUACACCGUUCAUUAUGAUCUUUGGAUAAAAAAUAAUCUUCAACCUAACGACAAUUUGGGAAUUUACUACGAUGCCCUCAAUGUAACGUUUUAUUACAAAUCAGACGUUAAUAGCUUCCCUAUUAAAAUUGGUGAUGCUACUUUUAGCCCGUUCUACAUACGUCGGUAUAGAAGUACGCACCGUGCCGGGAGUUUCGAUGCUAGAGGGGUAAAAUUGGAAAAUAGUACCGCGCCUCCGGUGAUUUUUCGGGUGGAGCUGUCAACGGCCGUGAGGUAUAGGAAACCGUUGUGGAAGGGGAAACGACACCGUAUGGUGGUAGGGGCUGACUUUAAAGUCAACGAUCAAGGUAGUUUGAUCAAUAAGGAAGUUAAACUCAAGUCAAAUGCUAAAAGGAAUGGUAAAGUUCGUCUAGAGUUGAUGGGUAUUUUGGGGAUUUUGGUAUUCAUUCUUUCUUUGUAAUAAUACUCCGUUGUAAUUUUAUUUUUAUUUUUUUAUUGGCAUUUUCUCCCCUUAUUCAAUUUUUUUGUUUGUUAUAAAAAAAUAAGUUAUUGUUUGUUUAUUUUUCAUGCUAAAUUGUACAAAGUACUUUGUAUGUUUACAGAAACAAAUUUGAAGACAAUCUUUUGAAUUUUUCUUAGUUGAGUGAAAAAAACCCUGUUAUGGUAUAGUAAAACCACAAUAUUCACUUGAAUAGUUGUUAAAAUUCAAUAGUUAAUUGACUUCUACCUUAUUUACAUAUAAUAUUUUAAUUAUUUUUAAUAUACUCAUGAACUUAUUUACUGGAGAUUUUGUUACAUUUGUGACAUCGCCUCAAUUUUUAUGUAUUCAAUAAUGACUAUGUUAUGUCUUAUAUAUUAGAGAAGGUAUUGCGUGCGGACGUUCGCACGUAACAGUUCGUGCGGGAGACUUGGCUGAUAUGUUUUACUUGUUGGCUGAUAUGUUUCAUGUAUUGGCUGAUAUGUUUUAUUUGUUG